CGGAGGCACUUCGGAAUCUGGCUCCCGAUAGCAUGGAAAGCCCAAGUGGACCCGAGCAGGGCUCGCUGCUGGCGGCCGCCCGGGGGGCUUACAGGACCUUUUUCGGAGGGGUGGAUCCCCAGAUCGCGGUGUCGGCUCCGGGAAGGGUGAACUUGAUCGGGGAGCACACGGAUUACAACCAGGGGUUCGUGCUUCCUAUGGCCUUGCAGAUGGGAACCAUGGUGGUUGGGAGCCCGAGAGAAGAUGGAAUCAUAUCCAUUGUCACAACCGCACAGGGAGCAGACGAGCCUAAAAAGGUGACAUUUCCAGUUCCCGUGGAAGGUGCCACCUUGGAGCCAGGAGAACCUCGCUGGGCAAACUAUGUCAAAGGGGUCAUUCAGCAUUAUCAGGCUGGCCCUCUCCCAGGCUUCAAUGCAGUCAUAGCCAGCAAUGUUCCACUCGGUGGCGGUCUGUCAAGUUCAGCUUCCUUGGAAGUGGCUACGUACACAUUUCUGCAGCAGUUGUGUCCAGAUGAUGGGAAUCCUGUAACUAAGGCAUUAGUAUGCCAGAAAGCGGAGCACACCUUUGCAAUGAUGCCUUGUGGCAUCAUGGACCAGUUCAUCUCUGUGAUGGGGAAGGAGGGCCAUGCCUUGCUGAUAGACUGCAGGUCACUAGAGACUUCCCUGGUGCCUUUGGCUGACCCAGAUGUAGUUGUACUCAUCACCAACUCCAAUGUGCGGCACACCUUGACGGGCAGUGAAUACCCCACCCGUCGGCGCCAGUGUGAAGAGGCAGCGAAGGUGCUUGGCAAGGAAAGCCUGAGAGAAGCCACUAUGGCAGACUUAGAGGCUUCUAAGGCCUUGCUAAGUGAGUUGGUGUACCGGCGAGCCAGGCACGUCAUUGGGGAAAUCGAACGUACCUCCCGAGCCACUGAGGCACUGCAGUCCAAGGACUAUAAGAGAUUUGGGCAACUGAUGGUGGAGAGUCACAAUUCCUUGCGAGAUGACUAUGACGUCAGCUGCCCAGAAUUAGAUGAACUGGUUUCUGCUGCUUUGGAGAUCCCUGGAGUUUACGGCAGCAGGAUGACUGGUGGGGGAUUCGGAGGCUGCACUGUUACUCUGCUUGAAUCUGGCGUAGCAGAAAAAGUCCAGAAGCAUAUCAAGGAAAAAUACAGCAGGACAGCCACCUUCUAUUUGACACAACCUUCUGAUGGAGCCAGAGUACAUCCUCUGCAAUGAGCCAACUCCCAAUCCCAACCCUGUCAGAGCAAGGGUUUCCUGUUUCUCUGGUACCAACGACACAGAGCACUGCAAAGGUCAGAGCCGGCGUCCCUGAUCCAUGUGCUUGAGACUCCAUUCAAAGACUUCCAAAUUCUGAUGAAAACUUGAACUCUUUCUUCUCUCUCUCUCUCUCUCUCUUUUAAAUCUGGUUUUUACAUGUAGAACCUUCCUUCCAGUCUGCUCUACUGAACAGAGGUCUCUUCUCCUGACUGUUUUACAUUACAAUUUGUGGCAGGGAA